GCUUAUGCAAAGGGCGCAGGACUAGAUACCAUGAAACAGUGCUUACAAGGGACGCGCACGGGGAUUCUUUCCCAGAUUACAGACUGGAUCAAUGGCAGCGGAGAUGCUGCUCAACGGGUGCUGUGGCUAUCUGGCCCUGCGGGCAAGGGCAAAUCAGCCAUCGCCCACACGAUUGCCAACUGGUUCAAGGAAUCGGGAGGCCUUGGUUCAUGUUUUUGUUUCGAUCGGCACAGAGAAACACUCUUCUUUGCCAAUGAUUUCCCAUCGACCCUGAUCGACCUCCAUCAGUUCCCAGAUUUGUCACAUGUCGGUGACUAG